AUGGACGGAACAAAACAGCUUCACAUAGCGAUGUUCCCAUGGCUAGCUUAUGGUCAUACAAUGCCAUUUCUCGAGGUUUCCAAAUUCUUAGCUCAAAAGGGGCAUCGAAUAUCCUAUAUAUCCACCCCUAAAAACAUCGGUCGCCUCCCUAAACUUCCCCCACAUCUCUCCUCUAACAUAAGUUUCGUCCAGUUUUCUCUUCCUCAUGUUCAUGGCUUACCUCCAGAAGCUGAGUCCACAUCUGAGGUACCAAUCGACAAAGUUCCUUACCUUAAAAAAGCGUAUGACAAGCUCCAUGUCCCUUUAACCGAGUUUGUCAAGAAUUCUAACGUUAACUGGAUAAUACAUGACUUUGAGCCUUACUGGUUACCUGGAAUUACAACUCCACUCGGCAUCAACUCAGUUUUGUUAUGCUUAUUCAAUGCCACUUCCAUGGUUUUCAUGGGUCCACCAUCAGCUUUGCUUGGUGAUGGUCGAAAACGACCGGAAGACUUCACAGCCGUCCCUAAGUGGAUAGAUUAUCCUUGCAAUGUAGCUUUGAAGCUCUAUGAGAUAGUGAACCACCAACAAUGCAUGGACGAUGUAUCUGAUUUCCAACGGGUGGGACUCUUGGUUCAAGGCUGUCAGUUGGUGAUUAAAUAA